GUGCGGAAGGCCGAAGAGGCGGAGCGGGCUGUUCAAGAAGAGCAGCAUCGAUUGCGUGAAGUUGAAUCAGCAGCGCUGGUGCAAAGUGCGGAAAUGCCCGGUGCUACGACGACGACGUGGAAGUUCGAAGAGCCCGCGACGAUGGUGCCGCAUGAACACUUUUGGAAGUUGGAGGAUCUUGACUUCGCGCAAGUUCGGACGGACGAAGUUCAAUUCGUGGACGACUCGCGAAGCAUUCGACAUAGUCGGCGUUGCCGAGGCCGCUCGAUUACGUUUGCGACGCCACGAGCGACGUCAAUGUCGUCGACGAAGCCGACGAAGCAGGCAUACCAGAGCGGGAAUUCAAAGCCAACGCGAAAUUGGCAGAGUUCGGGCGAACCCAUGAUGACUUCUGGCGCCACGUCUUGUGGAUGCUGAACGCCGUGGCCACGAUGUCGAUGGUGGCCGCUGAUGGACGAUGGUUCGCGCGCAACAAGGGCCGCAAGGCGAUCCAAGUUGGGUGCUAGACCUGGGGCACGUCGACCUGUGUGAUGGCGAGACGUUGUUGGAGUACGUUACCGUGCUCAUGUGCUCGUUGCUGCGUCCAAACACGGGACGGCAAAAGAAUCGGCGUGUUGGGUGGUCGACGACUGUGGGAUCCUUGGCCGGGUCUUUCACGCCUUUCGUGCACAAAAGGCGUGAUCAGGGAGGGCCGAUUUGUGGUGGAGGACGAAAUCGCUGACAGAUAAGGUUUCCAAAUUGGAACGACUAAGGCAGUCGGAUUUUGUCACUGGC